AUGCUGUCCGCCUCUGCAAACACAUUACACCCAGCCUUCUUCAACCGCACGCCAGACCGUGUCCUCACAUCAACAUCCUCCAUUCCCGACGGCAGACAACUCUCCCGCGAGCAGCUCCGCGUAUGGUCCUACCAGGAGCCUCCACUUGCCGUCGGCCAAUACACCUUGAGCGUGUCGCAGAAGAUCGAAGUCUUCGACAGCAAUGUCAACCAAGACGUCUCCAAGGACCUCAACUCCCCUGACACGCAGCUGCGUGUGUCGAGUCCCAGAUUCCAGCUGACGGAUCCCCAAGUGGACAUUCACAGCGUUUAUCCGGCUUCAGGACACAGUGACCACGCCCAAACUCUGGCCCACGUCGUCUUCCGUCGCUGUACGGCGCCUUGGGAGCGGCGCCUGGUUAAUGACAAGGGAGAAUGGGACAACUGCGGCAUGAACAACAACCGGAUGCCCUGGCUGUGCGUUUUGAGCUUCACCGAGGAUGAGCUUGUGCUUGACGAGGCGAAAUGCCAUGCUGCUGGUUUUACCGACGCAGCGUCGCGGCCAUCCAGUCAAGGAACUAUCACAACGACUGCCGGCCAUCUGGAGAACCUCACAGGAGUGGUCUCACCGCUCAGCGGCAAUGCUGGCCUAUCUGAUGACGACAAAAACUACGCAGCAGGGGAUGAAGCUGAUGUUCUGCUGAUGGCUAGGCCUCUAUUUCAACGACUUUUUGCAAGCUACAACAGGGCCGGGGAGUCGCCAUUCAAACCCGACCUGACUCGAUUCUCUCGCAUGGCUCACGUACGAGAAACUCAUGCCGGAUUCAUGGCCAGCACGGUUGACCUCAUGAGUGACAGUGGCGCCGGCCCUGAUCCGCAGCCUCAGUACUCGGUUGUUGUCAGUCCCAGAACUGGCCCGCCAGGAGAAGAGAAGCCGCGCCGGGUUAUUUCUCAUCUCAUCUCGCUAGAGGGCGUCUCCAGAAUGACAAGCGAGUUGCAGCCUCAAGCAGAGCAUGCAGCAUUGGUGUCAUUGUUUAGCUGGGACUGGAUGUGCGUUCCAAAUGAUCACGUCGAUUUCAGAAAUACCAUGGCGGCUUUGGGCAAUAAUGUGCGACCGUUACGUAUCGACAUACCGGAUGAGUACCAGAAGCAGCUGGACGAAGCUGAACGUGACGAAAAGGCAAAGAGAAGUCCAAUGGCCAACUGGUUACGGCAGAAAACUCAUGCCGGCUACACUAUGAAGCCUCACACACUCCCCACCGGCGAGAAAACCAUGUCCCUGGUUCGCGGCCCAUUCAUCCCCGUUGCACCGGCGCGAGACUCAAUCAACUGCUUCUCAGCUACAGGGGAAGAUCUGGUCUUGGUCGACAGCGAGACGGGCAUUGCAGAUAUAUCGUACAACGUCGCAUGGCACCUCGGCCGCGCCCUUGCCAUGGCCGAUCGCUCGCUCAUGGCAGCGCUGCUCCGGUUCCGUGGUCAUGUUCAUGCCGAGGCCGUCAAGCGCCUCAAGGCCCGAAACGCCCUCAAGGCAAAGGCUGCUGGCAACGAUAAGGACGUUGCGAGUGGUGUGUUUACUAUGGCGGCGGCAUUCGCAUCUUUGGAUGACUCGGUCAGCCAGCUUGAAAAAGCAAGCGAUCUGAGCGCAUUGGGUCAGCUCGGUGGCCAUUCACGCUGGCUUCGUACGGAAGAUGAAAGGAAGGAUAGUCUUGUCUCAAGGCUGUCGCUUGCGAGCGCGCCGCUGAACCUGGAUGGAGACGACUACGCAGAGGAGCUCAGGGCUGUUGUAAAUGCCUUCUUUGGCUAUCCUCCCGCAGAACCAGACUCGAAGCCAGAGAUCCCCCCUAUUCCACAGAGAGAGAUCAACCCAGACGCAGUCUUGAUUCGGGCUUGGACUGUCGACAAGCUGUAUCUCGCUGGCGUACCGUUGCAUAACCUCCUCCCGGACCCAGACAUGCUUCCGCGAGAAUCGAUUCGCACAUUCUGCGUCGACCCCAAGUGGCUCGACUGCGCCAUCGACGGUGGGCUCAGCACGGCGAACCACUUUGCCAACGGCGACGAUAUUGUUCGACAAGCCAUCAAGAAAUGCAUGAACCGCUACAUGGGCGAAGUCCGAACCCACGGUCCUGGAAAGGGGACAACGCUGCAGUUGCCGAAAUGGGGCUUCUUGCUUCGCAGCGUAGCCGUCACUGCAUUUCCCGACCUCAAGGUGGAGGCACAGUUUGGUAAAGCUGUUCCCGAUGGCAUUCGUGAGGUGCUUUAUAUGCAAGUCCUCGCAGAUGAUGUCUUGCUCUGCUUGUUCGACCGUAUGCCGGGUGAUGACGACUUCAAGGAGGUUCGUAUUUCGCAGCCGUCACAUCAGCAGAGCUUUGCUGCGGGAUCAAAGCUCACAAGUACAAUGCUGUGUGGCUGGUUUCGCCCAAUUCCGCGGGUGACACUGUCCUCUGUGGCCGAAGACGAGCAGGAAAAGGUACGGCAGAUGCUUGUACCCAUAGAGAGGAAGUGUGAAUCAGGCAGGGAUAGCGAGCCUGCGUAUGAUUGGGACGUGAGAAUGAUUCGACCUGAUGUUCUGUCGAAGCAAUAUGUCGCGGCUGUGGCCGGACCCGAGCGAGACGAGACCAAAGUAUGGAAGUGGACAGGGGCAGCAGACGAUGUGCCAUCAGCGGUUCUGGCACUGCAAUUGAGUACUGCGAAUCUGCAGCUGACUCUCUCUUUAGACAAGGGAGACUGGUCUUCGGGAAAUGAUAGUAAUGAUGACAAUCGAUGGACAAAGCCGGGAGUCCAACUGGAUGCUGAACCACGGGCAAAGGCUUUGCCGACGGGAAUCCGAAAGCCGGCAUCAGUAUCGACGGCCCGGACAGCGGUCCAACAUCGCCAGAGAACACCAGUUAAACACCUUGAGUGGGUGGCGCUCCCAACGAAUCCUUCUCCCUCCAUGGCAGCCACAACAAUGGUUGUAGCCUUGGAAGAAACGCUGCCCAGGCACAACAUCACAGCACAGGGGCUGCAUCACCAAGACACUGAUAUGGUUAUCUUACCGCACAUAACUCACGCCGAAAAGACCACAUGGUGCCCAUGGCCGAGUAAGGCCGCUUGUUUCUCCCUCUUUGACCCGGACUUGCGUCAAGAGACAAGCCCAGACUGGAGGGAAGGUGGCAGCACCGUCGUCGCCCUUCGAGGGCCAACGGACUUGGUAUUUGCCCUAAGACAAUCUUCAAAAGAUUCUGACUCUGGGGGAAAGUAUCCGGAGCGCCUGGAGGUUCGCAUUCCUGUCGUGCUUUCUCAAGAACGAGCUCCAAGCGGCGGCAGCGACGAGAUCAAGCCGUUGCUCAUCAUCCCCGGCACAGCAGAAGCCCCCGUGCUUCCGAAGGUGGAGGGGCUCAAUGGCAGUGGCUUGUGGUCAUACAAGACGAGCCUGGUUGUUGGAUCUUUGUUUUGCCCCCCGGCAGAUGGCGCGAAGAAAGGAGAUGGGCUGCAAGCAUGUCCGAACAAGUGUCUCUUGCUCGUCAUUACCGCACAGCCACGGUUUGGUAAAGGUCGGAUGAAGGACGCCUUCUUUGAUGGUUCGUUUAUGCUGCACCAGGGAAGAGUCAUCCAGCCUGACAACGCGGCCCCUUAUGCGACGCAGUUUGACGUUUCGUGGGAGCAGAACGUGGCCUACCCUCGACAAGUCAUUGUUGAGCGGGGUGUCAUGCUCAAGAUAGGCGAGCCGUCGUACCUCGAAAUCUUCAAUAGGGAAAAGGUGUGCUUGAACCUCACUAUGCACACCUCAUCCGUCUUAGGGCCAGACGACAAGGUCAAAUGGGAAGUAGAGAUGCGCACUGCCACCGAGAAAAUUCCUAUGACAUUCUCUCUGUCACCAGGCGAUCUUUGUCAGGUUACAACGGACAACCAGAAGAAUGAUUACAAUUUCCAGGAAUUGGCAAACAAAGGCCCGGUAACCGUGCAGCUGUAUGCGGAGUCAGCCUCCGGCAGGCGGUUGGGGCCGAAGACGCCGCCCAUGACGUUUCCACAGAUAUCUCUUCCAGAUUAUCCUGGACAGGUUACAUUCACCUUCUCCUAUGCAGGUAUCUACGCCUCAUGGGAGACGCCUCCGAAUCUGCCCGAGAUCAGCGGCACUGACAAGCCGUACAAGGUCCAUUUCAACGUUGGCCAGCGGCCCGACUCGAAUGACCUUCCUACGAUAAGCCUCCCUCUUGACACAGAUGUUGAGGCUGACAAGGCCUUUUUGGAGCACGGCGUUCACAUCGCGGAAUCUGACUUUGCACCGGAGAAGUUAAUCCGCAUUAAACACCAGCUGAGGAUCGAAUCCAAGAGAUUGAAGGGUGUUGUGGAGGAACGGUUGAAUGACUUUGCAUUGCUGCACCUCAGCACCAAGGCCCAAUUCGCCAUCCUUUCUCCUCUCGAUCUUUCCACAGCGCCACAUGUACAUCCACGCAGUCAGUUCGUAACGUGGGCAAAGACCAGCGAGAUCUGGUAUGUCGCAGACGACAAUUCCAUCGUCGGUAUCCGUUGUCGACGCAAACCGCAGGAGGAUACAACGCUCAGUUCGAUUGCGACGUUGAGCCAAUCCCAGGGACAAGUCAAGUCAGUGGGCACGUUGGCCAUGUUCCCCCGGGAUAGCUCGUUUUCCAAGCAUAUGAUUGCCUGGGUCCGACCGGACGGCGCACUUGGAGGAGUCGAGCGAACCGUGUCGGAUGUCCACGAGACACCCAAUCAUGACUGGUCCCUGGUAGAUUCUUUGUACAGAAUGGGGUAUAUAUGGCCUAUCGUCCACAGCUUCGGGGCGAUGGCCGUUGCGCGCACAUAUGACCAGUUGCUGCACAUGCUCUGGGCGGGACCGAAGGGUGACCUGCGCAUGACAUUCAGUGAGCUUGACGGUCCAUGGGGAGGCAGACCCGAGUGGCCCAUUACAAUGUUUUCCCAAGCCGGCCACAUCCCGAAAAGUAUUCGGGGCGAGGGCGAGGUCGCGGUUGACGUGUCUAAGGCCAUCUUCGCCUCCGGACACCAGGGAGGCGGUUCACAACAGCAUUUCUUCUGGGUAACCAGGGGCGGCGGCCUCCGCUGGAUGAGAUUCUUUCAUUCCACCGAGCCAAAACUCAUUGAAGGCUUUAGCGUCUCCGAGCCCGGCGCCAUUAUAGACACCGAGAUCCUGGAAGCAACGGACGACGCGCGGAUUGCCGACCACGGCGGCAGCUUCUCCGGCUGUGGUCCGGUCACCGUCUCGACGAGGUUUGCUGGACAGCGGAAGCUGUUCAUUUUCUGGGUCGACGGCCAGGAAGGCCGCAUCUGGGGUAAAUCUGCUCUGGUCGAUGAUCUCUUGGGGUACAAGAGCUGGACGCCCAAGUUCUGCGUCACGCCCAAGGGCUCGGCCUGGCCUACAUCCCCGGCUCAUCCGACAGCCUCGCGGCUUACAGUGAUUGCAAAGGACAAGGACAGCUUUGGACCGGAGGGUCUUGUUAGCGCUGAGCCGAGAGACGGUGGACAUGGCAUCUAUCUUCUCUGGUUCGAUAUGGAGGGUCGUCUGCGGGCUGCGCGGAUGACUGAUGAUCACAGGUUCAAGAAGGAGUGGACUGAGUGCAUGCUUCCAGAUGACGUCGUGAGAGAGGUGCGGACUUGUCCGCCGCCAAAGGAGAAUGAUACGGAGAGGAAGAUGGAAGUGGUCGUGCUACGAUCAACGGAUGGUGAGAGUCCGAAUGCGAACGUGUACGAUCUGCUGUGGGUGGACCAGGACAACCGUCUGAGAGACAUUGGUGUUGAGAUACAGAGUGCAUGGAGCCCAUGGACGAUGGCGAUGGAGCCAUUGACUAAUGCUUAA